AUGAUUUUUUAAAGGGGAACAUGGUUUCAAAAAAUGAACUUUAUGAAGAAUAAGUUUGCCCUCCUGUAAACCAUGAAAAGAUGUAUAAACUUUAUAGAGACCAAUAGACUUGAGCUAAAUAAUGCAGGACUAAACUACACAUAGAUGCAUGAGGCAUUAAAAACAAGAAGUAUUAGAGAAGUAAUUGAAAUCUGGGCAGAAUAUUUUGCUAAUGAUAUUUAAUAUAUUCAAUAAAUAGCAAACAGAAUGAAAUCAGAGUUUAAGCUUGAAUCAAUCUAGAAUAUAUACCACAUCUCAAAGUAUAAAAAUUUCCUAGUGAAUAGAUUCUAGAAAUAUCUUCAUAUCUAUGAUAAAAAAGUAACAAGCAAUGAUUAAUAAUUCAAUAAACAACUUUCUAAAAUAUAGAUAGCCAGCAAGCUCUGA